CUCCAUCUCCUCGUAUUAGAAUUCUUGUUUGUAAAAUUUUAACCAAGGUAUGGGCGAGAAUAGCCUUGGAAUUGUUGUAGAAGGAAACCCAUCAGAGUCAAAACUGUCGGAGCUCAACAUCAAGUGCUGGCCCAAAUGGGGUUGUUCACCUGGGAGAUACCAGCUCAAGUUUGACGCAGAAGAAACGUGCUAUUUGCUGAGAGGGAAAGUUAGGGUUUACCCAAAAGGCACAUCGACGACGGAGUGUGUAGAGUUUGGUGCCGGAGAUCUCGUAAUCAUCCCCGAAGGUCUUAGCUGCAUUUGGGAUGUUUCUGUUGCUGUUGAUAAGCAUUAUAAAUUUGAUCCUUCUUCUGAUGAUGAUGAUGACCAGUGA